CGCACGCCGAGAAGCCCAACGGCUGUGGGAGCCUCUGCACCUCCUCCCCUGGCCUGAGGGGGCACACUCGCUGCUCCGCGACCCGGGGCGCCACCUGCUGAAGGGGUCACACGGCCGCGGGCUGGGCGAUCGCGAGGGGAGGAGUCACCUUGAGAGGAGGGACACAGUGGCGAGCCGAGAGCCCCGGAGAGGGCUCGCUUAGCGAGAGGAACACAAAGAAGAGGGGUGCAGCGUCGAGGGGCUCGGGGCACACACGGAGGUGGCAGUGUCAUCCCCAGGAAAGGUCCCCCUGAAGGACAGCGGCCUCCGAGGAGCGGGAUCUCGCCGAGGGGUGGGCUCUGGCGGAGGGAGGGGCUCCCCUGCAGGUGGAGGCUGCUCUUGGAGAGGGUCAUUAGGACAAAGAAGUAAGGGGGUGUUCAGCGGGAGGAACCCCGGAAUCUGAACUUCCCUUAGGGGAAUCGGGAUGGAGUGAGGAGGGGUCGGGGCAGGGCAGGGAUGCGGCCAGAGGCUCCCUACACCGCCGACCACGGCCGCCCGAGAGGACAGGUGUUAGCGAGCCCCGAGAUUAAGGGUGUCGGGGUCCGAAGACCCUAGAAAUGGGCAGUCGGGGUGGGACGCAGGCCAGGCAGGCAGCGGGCUUGAUCGGUGCAGCCCAGGGCGGAGGCCGCCCCGCGCCCGCCGUCCAACCCUAAGACCCCCCCGUUCUUCACGCCCGGCCUACGCGCGAGUGCGUACCUGAGGGGGCGUGGCCGGGGCGCAGCCGGGGCUCCGAGGAGUUAAACGCAAACCGGGCCCAGCCCCGCCCCGGGCAGGCCGCGCAGCCUGAGCCCGGCGGCGAAGCGGAGCAGCAGCCGCCCGCCCGCCUCCGCCCGCGGGGAGCCCGCCCGCCGGCGCCCCGGAGCGCCGCCGCCGCCCGGCCCAGGCCCAGGCCCCGUGCAGAGCGGAGAGCCGCGGCGUUCCACCGGGCCCAGCUCGCCAGCGCGGCGGGGGCGGGCCCAGGACCUUCGGCAGGUCCUCCGUCCUCCAGGCGGGAGUCCCGGCACCCGGGAUCGGACUGGGCCGGCGCCCAUGGCGAGCGCGGCCUGCCCGGGUCCCGGGGACCCGGCCAUGUGAAGCAGGCCUGGGCUGGGGGCCCGGCCAUGGCCGGGGAACGGCCCCCACUGCGGGGCCCCGGGCCGGGAGAGGCGCCGGGGGAGGGGCCGGGGGGCGCAGGCGGAGGCCCGGGCAGGGGCCGGCCCUCCUCCUACCGGGCCCUCCGCAGCGCCGUGUCCAGCCUGGCGCGUGUGGACGAUUUCGACUGCGCAGAGAAGAUCGGGGCCGGUUUCUUCUCUGAGGUCUACAAGGUUCGGCACCGACAGUCGGGGCAAGUCAUGGUGCUGAAGAUGAACAAGCUCCCCAGUAACCGGAGCAACACGCUAAGGGAGGUGCAGCUGAUGAACCGGCUCCGGCACCCUAACAUCCUCAGGUUCAUGGGGGUCUGUGUGCACCAGGGGCAGCUGCACGCUCUUACGGAGUAUAUGAAUGGGGGCACCCUUGAACAGCUGCUGAGCUCCCCAGAACCCCUAUCUUGGCCAGUCAGGCUCCACCUAGCACUGGACAUUGCCCAAGGCCUACGGUACCUACAUGCCAAAGGUGUGUUUCACCGAGACCUCACAUCCAAGAACUGUCUGGUCCGAAGGGAAGACCGAGGCUUCACAGCUGUCGUGGGUGACUUUGGACUAGCUGAAAAGAUUCCUGUGUAUAGGGAAGGGGCAAGGAAGGAGCCGUUGGCUGUGGUGGGCUCCCCGUAUUGGAUGGCUCCAGAGGUGUUGCGGGGAGAGCUGUAUGAUGAAAAGGCUGACGUCUUCGCCUUUGGGAUUGUCCUCUGUGAACUCAUUGCCCGAGUACCUGCGGACCCUGACUACCUGCCCCGCACUGAGGACUUUGGCCUGGAUGUGCCUGCUUUUCGAACACUGGUGGGAAAUGACUGCCCACUGCCUUUCCUGCUUCUGGCCAUCCACUGCUGCAGCAUGGAACCCAGCACCCGUGCCCCUUUUACUGAGAUCACCCAGCACCUGGAGCAGAUCCUGGAGCAGCUGCCUGAGCCUGCUCCCCUCUCCAAGACGCCCCUCACUAAGGCUCCGUUGACGUACAAUCAGGGGUCUGUUUCAAGAGGAGGUCCCUCUGCCACACUUCCCAGGCCAGACCCCCGGCUCUCCCGUAGCCGGUCAGACCUCUUCCUGCCACCUUCACCAGAAUCACCUCCCAGUUGGGGGGACAAUCUAACACGAGUCAACCCCUUCUCACUGCGGGAAGACCUCAGGGGUGGCAAGAUCAAACUCCUGGACACACCCUGCAAGCCGGCCACUCCACUGCCCCUGGUACCGCCAUCACCACUGACCUCUACCCAGCUGCCCUUGGUGACUACUCCAGAGACCUUGGUCCAGCCUGAGACCCCUGCCCGCCGCUGUCGCUCACUACCUUCAUCCCCUGAGCUCCCCCGGCGGAUGGAGACUGCACUGCCAGGUCCUGGCCCUUUCCCCGUGGGCCCCUCUGCUGAAGAAAAGAUGGAAUGUGAGGGCAGCAGCCCCGAGCCAGAGCCCCCAGGGCCAGCUCCCCAGCUGCCUCUGGCUGUGGCCACUGACAACUUCAUCAGUACUUAUUCCUCAGCCUCUCAACCCUGGUCUCCCAGAUCAGGACCUCCCCUCAAUAAUAACCCCCCUGCUGUGGUGGUCAGUUCCCCGCAAGGAUGGACUGGGGAGCCCUGGAACCGAGCACAGCAUAGCCUUCCCCGGGCAGCAGCCCUGGAGCGGACAGAACCCUCGCCACCCCCAUCAGCUCCUCGGGAGCCCGAGGAGGGCCUGCCCUGCCCUGGCUGCUGCCUUGGCCCCUUCAGCUUUGGCUUCCUAUCCAUGUGCCCCCGCCCCACCCCAGCUGUUGCCCGCUACCGCAACCUGAACUGUGAGGCGGGCAGUCUUCUCUGCCACCGAGGGCACCAUGCCAAGCCACCCACACCCAGCCUGCAGCUGCCUGGGGCACGCUCUUAGCAGUGAGGCCUGCGACCUCAGGCUUCCAGCCUUGGCCUUCAGGAUAGCCUGUAAGGACAGAGCGCACUUGCUGGACAAUGCCAGCCCCAGAUGGGCUGACUGGCUCUUCUCCCCGUCUAGGGGAGCCUCAGCAUGGUCCCAAUGGACAGAGCACUUCCUAUCUGACCCCUGGGUUCGCCUUCCCAUGGGGAUCACUGAACUAGACACAGCAUUGCUGACACACAAGACUAACACGUGCAAAUUAUUUAAAAAUAUUUCAAUAAAACUGCCUGGCUGGCUCCGGGCCAUCCAUCCA